ACGUCGACAUUCCCCUAACAGUUUUCAGCGAGAGCGAAUGGCGGCUCGAGUUGUUGUGUCAAACCAUCAGGCGUCUUCUGUCCACUGCCUCAACUUUUAAAUGUUUUUGCACAGGUUCAAACGUUUGAUUAAGUCUGACCGAGAGCAAGUGACACCCAAAACGACGACGCCGACACUUCUAGCAGCAAUCUCGAGUCGUUCAGUGUUGAUGCAGUAGUUUUUCUAAGGUUGUUUUUGUUUGGAAGUAAAGGAAGCGAAUGUCCACAUCCAAUGGCUUCAGAGAUGGGGACCAGACUUCUUCGGCCGGACGUGGACCAUCAGCCAAGGCUGCACCGGCCUGGCACCAUCAGCAGAGCGUCAAGGAUCCAUUGGAAGACGUAUUUUUAAAACCGAUGGAAAAGCCAUGGAAGUCACCACCGCCUGCCAGUGGAGGAAAGCCUAACUCGGUGUCUGCUCCGCUGGCUAUGCAAAUGAAUAGCUCAACUCCACUCCACUUCAAUUCGGCAGUGGCUCUUUCUCCGGGGAACAUGUCGGCGAGCACGACACGCAUGUCACUCGACCUAUUCCACAAAAACGCAUUCCGAUAUCACAUGGAACAGCCGUCGCGACCUUCGCUCACUACUGAUUUCGCUCUGUCGGCUUUGAAAAACAGUUUUUCCAUGUCGUCGUUGUCACAGACAUGUCAUCCAGGAGGGGCUGGAACACCAUCGUCUGAUACGCCGCCGUCUGCAGUUCCUCAGACGCCGGAUGUAACAGCUAGGCUCAAGUGGGAACGACCCUUUAAUAGCUUAACUCGUCUCAAAGAGAGAGGCGCAGGGAGAGUUCAUUGGCGCCGCUCUUUCGGUGCAUCUCCGUUGAACGUUAAAGAAGAUGCGGGGCCAGUGAACGUUCCAGGACCGACUGGGCAACAUAAUGCCAACGAGGAUUGGUUGGGCAAUGCCGACUACACAUUCCUGAUGAGUUGCGAUUUGAUAGAAAGCUGUCGCAGUCUCAACGGUGAAAUGUCGUGGGACAAUGGCGACCUGGAGCAUCUCAGAAUGGCCGAAAUGGGUGCCCGAUCAACGGUCAAAAACAACCAGUCCGUAGCUGUAGGCUGUCAGACUGAUGCCGAAGUCAACAUUCCGGAUUUGCAAUUGCAAUUGCGAUUACUCCGAGAGUGGCUCAAACGCAUGGAGAAUAAGGUGCCGAAACUCGUUUUGCGUCCAAAGUGGACGCGGGAAACUCUGGAUCGCCGUAUCGCCAGCUACAAGAGAUUGAAACGAGAGAUCGACGGACAUUCGGCUGAAUUCGGAGCGGCUUGUCAGCGCUGUGCCUCUUGGAACCCUCGGCUCGGUCGGCUGCUGGAGAACCGCUAUCACCGCCUGUUGCUUCGCAUCCUCGAGUGGACUUACCACCUGGAGGCCUUGGCUAAGAAACCACCGGAAUUCUGGAACGGACGUCGAGCGGCAAUCAGCAGCCCGGAAAGUGAAGUCGGCUUACCUAGGAAACAAGCCCGUCUUGACGAUUCGAGUCCGUCGCACAUCAAUCAACAAGCCGGACAGGUGAAGAACGAGCAUACGGGAGAGAUGCGUCAGUCGAAUGCCGAGGGCGGCCUAUCGCCGCCGCUACCAGCCGCCGUUCCCGUCUCCGCUAGGACCAACAUGGGCGUCUACGAGUUCAAACACCCAGACACGGAUUCGGAAAACUCGCGGCCACCGAACACACCGAGCGUAGAGGAGGAUGUUAACGGCUCCCCACGGAAGCGUUCCAACCUUUCGGAUGGGCUGCUAGUCAGGUCGAAUGAUAGUAGCGAAAACGAGUGGAUCUACUCUCCCAACACUUCCGGUCCCGCGGCGGAGGAAAUCGACAAUCACGAGCUCACCGUGAGAAAGAAAUUGAGCUUCGAAAGCGAAGAAGAUAACGACUCGUCGAGUAAGUCUUGGUACCAGUAUUCCAGCUCGGAAUCUGAUUGGCUACACGGCGGCGGCCUCGAGCUGGACGAAGCCAGCGAAAUGGAAGAGAAUUUGCUUCCUCCUCCGAGCGUGUCCGCUGAUUUAGCAGAAGAAUCCGCUCACAAAGACGCUGGCCGCGUUUACAACAAGGAGAAGGUGCACAAACUGGUGACGGAAGCCGAACAGAUGGUUUCCAUGUCCGGCGAAGCUUGUCGCAGCAAGAACCGCAAGCCGGAAGCGCGCUACAGCAACCCAGAAGUGGUGCACAAUAGCGAGUGCGACGCUAGCAGCGAACUCACUUCUGAGGGAGGGACGGAUGGAGAAGACGUGCAAGAAGCUCCGGGAAGCAGCGGACGCAGAUCGGCCACGUUGAAUCGAACGUUUCUAGUUCCGGCGUCAGCUGAAACGGCCGAAGCUUCGCCCGUUGUUAUGCGAACGCGCCAACGCAUCAAACCUCAAAGGCCGCUCAGCUUCUCUGGACUAUCCGGCACUCUGGGUGCUCUUUCCAGCAACGCCGAAGGUGCUUCCGGCCGUUGGGCCGCCUCUGAAACGGCGCUGAAUCAUCUGACGUCUUCCCCGGCGCGUUCGCCUUGUUUGUCCGGCUCCCGUCCGCUCAUGUGCCACGCGUCGACGCAAAAGGAUCGACUGUCUCCAUCGACGGAAGCGCUCGGAUCUUCGUUGGCCGCCUUGAGCAGCUCCGGUUCGGUCAGCGCGGGCGGCCGUCAGCGUCAGCGCAGACACUCUGCCCGUCUGCGCAAUAAAAUGUCCCUGUCCCGUCGCGGCGAGCACGACGCACAAAGUUUGCUGGCGCCCAACGACAGUUGCGUUACGCUUCAAUCUUCGAGACUCUCGGCUUCGGCCGCUUCGGCUUCUUCGUCCGGCGAGGGCAGCAGUGCUGGAGCUGGAAGUCAACGCAGCCGACGUGUCGUUAAAUCGUGCACGUUGACGCGCCUCGUUGAUGCCACUGCCCAGCUGCCCGUCGUUAAUAGCCCUCUGGUGAUCGCGCAGCAGCCCAGCCCACUCAAACCUCCGCCACCCUCCACCAAUUCCAGCCCACGAUCUGCUCCCAGCGAUGUGGAACUCUGCCUCGGUCACGUAGAUGAGACGAGCAAUUUCUCCGAACAGGCGUGGGAUAACUAUGUGGAUCGUUACGCGAGCGAAGCGUACAGCGAAGAUCCACCAGAUGCCGAGAGCGCUCGUCGUUUGCUGGAAUUCGGCGAAGACUACCGCAAUGAUUUGGAUAGCCUGUCUGAUUGCCCGUCAAGUCUAAGCGCCGAUUUGCGUGGAUUCCGACCGCACAAUUUGCCAAAGCGUUCACCGCCGAAACGGCCGAAAGGAUUCGGCACAGCGGAUCGUUCGGCUCUGACAGAGUUACGCCUUUUGGACUCGGAUUCUGAUGUAGAUGAUCUGGUUCACGUCGUUGAAACCUCUGCUUCGCAAUUCACGAUUGCACUCAACACCUUCCACAAAGUGGUUAGCAGCACUAGACUGGAACCUUCUCAAUAUGCCGAACUGCUGGCAACGUGCCGUACCAAUCUUCAGUGUCUGCAAACCAUACUGUCACACUUGAAAAUGUCUGCAGAUGAACAUGCGUUGAAGCCUGUUAGAGAUUUGAUUGAUAAAUGGGCUCAACUGGAUGCUGAAGUUGCUCCUCUCUACCAGGAUGGUCUUCAGCAACGGCAGCUGCAACAGCAAGUACAGUCUGUCAGGAACAAGCUGUUAGAGCUUGAGGCACUUGUCUUGGAUACCGGUGUGGAUGGGGACUUGCAGCUCAACCUGAAAAAGAUUCACCACAUUAGGGCUCAAGUAGAUGCAGAAAAGGAAUCUCUUUUGCGAGUGAAUGUCGAUGUCCACAGCUACAUGGCUCAACAGCCUCCAACUGAAGAUGGUGUCAACUUGAAGGAGGAUGUGGAUGGCCUCUACCACAUGUGGGAGGGGCUUGUCAAGAAAGUGUCCGAAAAGGAGGCGCUGUUGGAAGAUGCCGAAAAGACAUGGAAGGAAUUCCAAGAGCUAUUGCUGAGUCUGAAAGCCGAAAUUGCCGCCGAUCAGAAGAAAGUUUGGUCUUAUUUUGACUUGCAAAGCACUGAUUCAUCCCAACCUGGUCCAGCUGCCGCAUUGGACGCAUGUCAAAGCUCCAAAUGGAUGGAAAACUGGAGCAGUACCCAAAUGAGUGUGCAAUGUGACUCUGGAAUAUCAUCAGGCUCCGACGGUGAAUUUAUAUCGCUGAGCGAACGCGAGAAGCGAUUGCACUCCCUUCGGCAACUGGCACGGAAAUUGGAGACAGCUUUGGCUCCGGGCAAUGCAGCUUUGACACGUAUCAACCGAACGCUUGAUCAAACGCAGCAGGACCUGAUCCUUUUGCACAGUCAGCUUUCGCAGUUGCCGCCACCGUCGGUGAAAGUCGUGUCUGCAGCGAGCACGCUCGUUGUCUCUUCGCCGCCUGUUAAAGAGAUAUCGGUACAAACGGACCCGUUACUCGUGCCCAAGAAGAAACACCGCCGUGUGGGUGUGGUGGCGUCUACCGCGGCCGCGUGUCAUUCUGCGGUUCCUUAUUGGUGGCGCAUCGUCCGAGCAGCUCUACCGUUUCACGUUGCCCUCGUUGCUUUGCUGCUAGCCGCCUGUGUCAUGGAGCCUUCUUGUUGCAAUUACCUCAAUACGUUCGGCAGCUCUCUAGUACCGAAAUUGAGCUACCUUGGAGGUCCACCUCCCAUCUGAAACUAGCGGUGAUUUUCACCUGUUCAAGUCGCAAAACAAUUCCAACUCUUCUUCUACGCCUGUGUCGUUCUUUGGAUACUGUCGGGAGCUGACUAGCAUUAUUAUUAUUAUUAUUUUCAUUCGAGCCUAGCUAACCGUUGAUUAGAUUAGAUGCUGAGAUCUUUCCCGCGAGUACGAGGUUUUUGUUUUCCUUCCCUAAAUUCACUUUCCACAUUUAUCUCCAUCGUAACAAAAGUACCAAGUAUUAAUCCGUGUUCUAUUUGCCCUCGGCGCCGGUAGAUGGCGUUGGCAUUCGCUCAUUGGUCUAAUGCCACACCAACUCAUUACUCUUCGACUUCUGUUGUCUCUUUCAAUGGACCAACAAAAUCUCAUAGUUCGUUGUUUCCCUCAUCUCAUAAUCAUCGACAGACUCGAUCAGACUUUCGUUUGAGAAAACGAACUCCCUUAUCCCUAAAGAAGAAAAAAAAAGAAUAGAAUAAAUGAUCGAAUAAAGCCUAUGUUAAACACUCACGAUCAUAAGGGAAGAAGUUACAGAAACAAGUGCACUUGAUUUAAGUAGAAAAGAAACUCGUGUUUAGGUUGUUGGAGGGGAAAAUGGUGGCUGUGCUUUAUUUAAUGGGAUAGUCUAGAUGAAACAGAAAAAUGCCUUAUCUAAUUUAACAGAACUAAAAAUCACAAAACUGAAAAUGCACCUGGUACUUUUCACACUUUCGCGCGCGUGUGUGGUUUUUUUUGUGCGAGUGCCUGUCCCGUCUGAAAUCUGGAGUCACGUUAACUUCAGCGUUGUCUUGCAAUUAUCAAGUGGCCAUAAUGUACCUUAACUAAUGUCUAACCCGCGUAACAGAAUAGGUAUUAUCAUUGUUUAAAAUAUUUGAUAGAAUGGCUUAUGAAGUGAAUUUGCCCAUUUCUGUUGUUUUUCAUUGUUUUUUUUUUUUUUUCUUCUUCUUCCUCUCCUCUUUCGCCUUCCAAAAUGUGCUACAUUAGAUUAAUAAUGGAGAUGUGUGUGUGUGUGUGUGUGUGUAUGGACUUUGCUUCACCUUACAUCGAAUAAUCAGGAUUUAUCUAUUUAAAUCUUUACCAUUGCAGCAAAUGAAAGAAAAAUUCAGACAGAAACCCAAUCUAGUUUUAUACCAUUAAGCCUGUCAAUCGAGUUUCUUGAAUUAUUAUUAUUAUUCUUUUUUUUUUUCCAUACAACAGUUUGGUUUCAAUACACGAUUUUAAGAAGUAGAA